AAAAACCGAAAGCGAAUGCACCGAUGGCCGCAGUAUCCAUUCGCACGUCACGUGGCAACAAUCAUGUCUUAAAGGCCGCACUCCUCUCCAAACGAACAGUAUGUGUAGUGUCGGCUUCGUGUUGUGUGCACUCGUAGUGUUGAUCGGUUCGAUCGACUUGGUGGGGGGUCAAAGUUCGUCGUCGUCGCUGAUCGAUUCCGUUUGCCAGGCUGUCCAGCGACAGCAGCUUGAGUGCCAAGUGCAUCGCGUGGAGACCGCCGAUGGUUAUAGAUUAAGCGUCCACCGCAUUCCCGCGCCGAGGAGUGCCCAGUGCAGCCAGCCGCAGCAGCAAUUGCGGCCCUUUCUGCUCAUGCACGGCCUGCUCGGAUCCGCCGGGGAUUUCGUGGCCGGCGGAAGGGGCAGGUCCUUGGCCUUGGAGCUGCACGCCCGCUGCUUCGACGUCUGGCUGGGAAAUGCCCGGGGCACAACCCAUUCCCGCGGGCAUCGCAGCCUCGUGACAAGUGACGCCCGCUUCUGGCAGUUCAGUUGGCACGAGAUUGGCAUCUACGACCUGCCCGCCAUCGUGGAUUACGUGCUGGCGAGGACGCACCGCCGCCAGCUGCACUACGUCGGCCACUCGCAGGGGACCACGGUGCUCCUGGUGCUCCUCUCCCAACGGCCGGAGUACAAUGCGCGGUUCGCCAAUGCGGCUCUGAUGGCGCCGGUGGCCUUUCUCAAGCACCUCAGCAGUCCGCCACUGCGCUUGCUGGCCAGCGACAGCUCUGCGGUCACGCUGCUGCUCAAUAAACUUGGCCUCCACGAACUGCUGCCGGCGACGGCGCUGACCCAGGUGGGCGGGCAGUUCUUCUGCACCGCCUCCACGCCCACCUACGCCCUGUGCACCCUCUUCACCUCCCUCUACGUGGGCUUCAGCGACUAUCCAUUGGAUCGUAACAUCUUGCCACGCAUCCUGGAGACGACGCCGGCGGGCAUUUCGCGGGGCCAGCUGCAGCAUUUCGGCCAGCUCAUCAAUAGCGGCAAAUUCCAGCAGUACGACUACCGCUCGCCGAGACUGAAUGCGCUGCGAUAUGGCCAGACCACGCCCCCCUCGUACAAGUUGGCCAACGUUCGCCUGGAGCUGCAGAUCUUCCACGGCAACCGGGACGCGCUGUCCAGUCGGGCGGAUGUGCAGCGCCUGGUCAACGAGCUAAGGAACAGCAACACGCAGAUGUACCAGGUGCCCGGAUAUAAUCACAUUGACUUUCUGUUCGCCCUCUCCGCACCGCAGCUGGUCUACGAACGAAUUAUUCAGCAGGCCUGGCAGUUGGACGCGCAAUCGGUGGCACUUUCACAAUGA